AUGGCUUCGAACUCGACAAGUUACUGUGCGAAGGCUGUCAUUAAUUGUGGCAAAUUCUUCCAAGCUGUGACCGCUGUGACCCAAACCUUGUUGAUGGAUCGCGCCUUAAAUCCAGUUGAAGACAGAUAUUUGACGCGCAUUUCAUAUUACUCCGCUAGCGCUGGAUGGCCUGCAUACGGUAACACAAAUAGUUUAAAUUGCACACCAAAAUCUACCGUAACUCAAUCUUUCGUCAUGCCGAGAAGCUCGGAACUCAUCGAAACGACUAUUGCAACACAUGAUUCGACCGACAGCAAGUCGAAACGAACCAACAGCUGGGAGAUGAAGAAUGCGAUUGUCUAUGAUGUAUCCUCACAAAAAUUAUUGAAGGCAAAGCGCGAAGCGAUCGAAGCGGAUCACACUCGUAUCAAGAUUCCAAAGCGUCCUCUAAGUCCUUUGCAGAAGGACAACGUUCGGAUAUCGAUGCCAUUGAACUCAGCAGCAGGAUCGGAUGUCCUCGCAGAAGUCAAGUUGAGCAGUCUUGGAUUGAAAGUCGCAUUUGAGCGGUAUCGAGGAAAUAUUGCUGAAAUUUGGGUAAAAGGUAUUCCACAAUACGUGCUUUGA